AUGGGACAGGACUAUGGUAUUGAACCCUGUAUAGAGCAUUACACUUGUAUGGUAUCACUUCUAGGGCGAUUAGGCCAUCUUGACAAGGCUCUGAAGCUGAUUGAGGAAAUCCCGUUUGAGCCUAGCCUCAUGGUGUGGCGAGCUUUACUUGGGGCUUGUGUUAUCCAUAACAAUAUCGAGCUUGGAAGAAUGGCUGCCCAGCAUGUUCUUGAGAUGGAACCCCAAGAUGAGUCAACCUAUGUGCUUAUGUCAAAUAUAUAUGCCACAGCAAGAAGGUGGGACAGUGUAGCUUCUGUAAGGAAAAACAUGAAGAGCAAAGGAGUAAAGAAGGAACCUGGCCUUAGCUGGAUUGAGACCCAGGGUACAGUUCAUUAUUUUACCGUGGGUGAUGCUUCACACCCUGACGUUAAAUUGAUUCAUGGGAUGCUGGAGUGGUUGAAUAUGAAGAGUAAAAAGGCAGGUUAUGUCCCUUACUGUAAUGCUAUUUUACUUGAUGUGGAGGACGACGACAAAAGGCGCCUUUUAUGGGUGCAUAGUGAGAGAUUAGCUUUAGCUUUUGGGCUGAUUCGACAACCAUCCGGAAGCCCCAUUCGUAUCAUUAAGAAUCUCCGUAUAUGCAUGGACUGCCAUGCUGCAAUCAAGUUUUUGUCAAAGAUUGUGGAUCGAGAACUUAUUAUAAGAGACAUAAAUAGAUUUCAUCAUUUCAAUGAUGGGAUCUGUUCUUGUGGUGAUUAUUGGUGA